GUCACCACACUUUAUGUUCGUCGUAUACAUAAAUUGCGAGCCGCAGAAAGUGUGAAUUCUUUGUGUUACUGCAAAAAGAAGCUAUUAAAAUAAAGGUGUAGUACAUCACAAAUCGUACACUAAGUUGGUGACUCCGUCACAAGAAAAAGGCUAAGGCACAAUUAACCGCUUCCGCUCCUGCUCAUGAGUAUUCAUAGAGAAGGAGCUGAACUUGAUCGAAUAACUGUCAAAAUUCACAAUAUGAAACGCAGCGCAUCUCGCUCACCAGGCAGAGGAAACCUAGUAAGGAAUUCGCGCAGCAUGGGUCGUGGAUAUGAUAAUGGUGGUGGUGUGCCGGGUGAUUCGCCCGAACGCAUGUCGCCGGAACGUAUGCGGCGAAGAUUGGACCGUUCGCCGAGCCCGCGCGGUCGUUACGGCUCUCCGCACCGUGAGCCCUAUAUGCGCGGCCCACCCGCUGCAGAGCGUCCCGCUGGCUACAAAGUUCUGUGUGUGAGUGCUCUGCCUCCGAAGGCGCCUGACGAGUUCAUCGAGGAGACGCUUUACCGCGAGUACAAAAAAUUUGGGGAUUUCAGUGUGCGACUCGCUCACGAUCUGGACGAACGUGUCGCCUACGUGUGCUUUCGCACGCCCGAGGAUGCACGUGAGGCUAAGCAUCAUAAGCCUCGUCUGAUCAUCUACGAUAAAAUGGCCAUCGUAGAGCCAGUUUACAAGUCAACGACAAGACCGGAAUACAGACCUCGGCACUCGAUGUCGCCACCGGACUAUGAACGGUACCACUAUUCGCGUUCACCCAUGGGACCCGGUGUGCCAUUGGAUCAUCGCCGGCCACCAAUUGAUCCCUAUGACCGUUAUGGUCCACCCAUUCAUCCGCAUUCUGUGCACCCACGUGAAUAUCGACCCAUGCACCAUGAGUACCCACAUCCACCUCGCGGCCCGCCAAUACAUCGUGGUCAUCCUCAUGCCCAUCCUCAUCAUAUGCACGGCCAUCCACCGCCCCAUCAAUAUGCACCGAUGCGUCCAAUGGCCCCGCGGCCGCAUGUGCCGUACGAGAAGCCGGAAAGCAAAAAAGAUAAGUUUCCCAAUUAUUUGCAUCAUGUGCAGCCAGAAGAUGAUCCGCUUUCUACGCGUACACUGUUUGCUGGCAACCUGGAAGUGACCAUUGCAGACGACGAGCUUCGCCGUAUUUUUGGUAAAUAUGGCGUGGUGGAUGACAUUGAUAUAAAGAGGCCACCGCCUGGCACCGGUAACGCGUUCGCAUUUGUGCGUUAUCAGAAUCUUGACAUGGCUCAUCGUGCCAAAAUUGAACUAUCUGGCCAGUACAUAGGCAAGUUCCAAUGCAAGAUUGGUUACGGCAAGGUAACGCCGGCCACACGAAUGUGGAUCGGUGGUCUUGGCGCAUGGACAUCAGUGACACAGCUCGAGCGUGAAUUUGAUCGAUUUGGUGCUAUCAAGAAGAUUGAAUACCAGAAGGGCGAACCCUACGCCUAUAUACAAUACGAGACAGUGGAGGCUGCCACGGCGGCAGUCAAAGAGAUGCGUGGCUUCCCCCUUGGUGGACCUGAGCGCAGAUUGCGCACUGAUUUUGCUGAACUGCCUGGUGCAACGCCAGCUGCUCCUUUCAAGACCUCAAAGCCAUCAUACGAUGAGAACGCGAUUGAGUAUAGACGCCCUGAAUAUGAUCCCUACUAUGAGGAGGCGGCUGUGUAUGCUCCACGCGGUGGUUACUCGCCAUAUCCACCUCGUGGCGGUUAUCGUGGACGCGGUGGCGGUUAUCGCGGACGAGGACGCGGCAUGUAUCACUAUCACAAUGAUGUGCACAGACCACCUCAUCCGAAUGCCAUGGGUGGUGUGUCCUCUGUACCGCCACCUGGUGGUGCUGAAGAUGAAUGGCGUCGUCCGCCUGGAGAAUCAUAUGAGCGGGCCCGUUCUGGCUCGCGGGAACCUGGUGUGGAACGUUCACGUUCUCGAUCACCAUUGAAACGAGCACGCUCACCCGGCUCUGAUUCAGAUACCUCGACACGACGCAAUGAUGCACUCGGCUCGGCAGCCACAGUGCCCGAGGUGGCGCGCAAGUGCAGCACAAUUUGGACAGGUGCACUCAUACUUAAGAGUUCCUUAUUCCCGGCCAAGUUUCAUUUGACAGAUGGCGACACAGAUAUUGUGGAGUCGUUGAUGCGUGAUGAGGAGGGCAAGCACAAUUUGCGUAUAACACAGAGAUUGCGUCUGGAUCCACCGAAACUGGAGGAUGUACAGAAACGUAUUGCAUCAUCGUCAUCGCAUGCCAUAUUCAUGGGUCUGGCUGGCUCCACGGUGGACACAGAUUGCGACGAUGCCAGCGUGCAGACGCGUCCAUUGCGCAAUCUCGUCUCCUACCUAAAACAGAAAGAAGCGGCUGGUGUUAUAUCGCUGCUGAACAAGGAGACCGAGGCCACGGGCGUGCUCUAUGCAUUCCCGCCGUGUGACUUCUCCACGGACCUCUUAAAGCGCACCUGCCACAGUCUCACCGAGGAGGGCCUUAAGGAGGAUCAUCUGGUUAUUGUGGUUGUGCGCGGUGGCACCGCCUAAAUAAUGGACAAACUGUGGGCAAACUAACUAACGUAACUAAGCAACCAACCGGGUAGCUGCCGCUCACAGUGCUCGGCAAGCAACAAGUGCGUGCAGCAUAUAAUCCAAAAGAGAUAUUUUGGCACGUAACAUAGUUGUAGACUUACAUAAAUGAAAAGUAUAUACGUAUACAUAUACAUGCAUGCUUGUAUAUAUAUAUAUAUAUAUAUGCAUUGGUAGAAGCAUAAUUCAAUCAACAGACAAUUGGAGUUACCUCUAACAGAAGCCAGUGACAACAUGAGAAGCAGAAGCAGUACAAGAAAAAGAAGAAGCAGACACGCACACACAACAAUAAUAUAUAAUCUAUAUAUAUAUAUAUAUUAACAUAUGUGUAUAUAUAUGAACUGCAUUUGCAGCAUCUGUAUUAAUCCAAAUAUUAUUAUUGUUCUUUUUACAGACCACUCAAGCAAUCAAAGAAAUAUUAUUUAUGGUUUUUCCUUACACAUGAUUCUGAUUCCUUGUGUAGUGAGAGUGUAAAAGUUUUUUAACAGUUCAAUCAAAACAA